AUAAUUUCCCUCUCCUUAUUAGCUAUUGAGGCAAUUUUAACCAAGAAACAGUUGUUUUGACAGAUAAAUGAGAGCGGUUUAUGGCUUCAUUCGUAUUUAAAAGCUAUUGACAGGAAAUUGACCAAUGGCGUGCCGAUAAAUUUUUGUAUCUCGUAGUAAGAAGGAGAAGUGUGCAAUAGCCACAUCGCUUUUUCGUCAUCCUCCCACUGUAGGGGAGAAAAAUUAUCGCGCCGAGUUAAAAGACACUCUGAUUUAAAGUCAACAGCUGUUUACUUUGUACUAAGCCAUUUAUAUUUCAGCGACGAUCACUCAAGGAACAAAUUCAACUGUUGCUCGCUUUUUCAAGUAUCUGACUCGACGUCUUAGCUUUCUACUUUACGAAAGCCGUGAUUUCUGGCCCGGGUCUUCGACAAGCAAAUGAGCAUACUGCCUAAUGUUUGUUUGAUCACUAAACACAAAUAAUUCAAGAGUUUAAUUCUUGGGUACCGUUGCCUUUUCAACUGAAGGAGAUGAACAGUUUAGGGGAGGAAAGUGUGGCGACGCCAACCUCUUUGUUGAAUUUCGUCAGCAAUGCAACCAGUGCGCUGAAAUUUGCUUUGGAUAAGCCGAUAAAGCCGAAGAGGAAGGUUAACCACCGAAAGUAUCUUCAACGCCAGCUGAGCGGAAGGUCAUCUUCGGCAGCAACGUCAUCAUUCGACGGUUCUUGGAUAAGUCAAGGAGAAAUACUAUUUGAUCAUGUCUUAAAAAGUGGUCAGCGAGGAAGCGCUAGCGCGGUCGCACGAGCUGAGAAAUCCUCAACAGCAAUUCCCUGGAAAAACCGUUCAGAGGAAACUCAAGCGUUAGGAACUGACAAUGUUCUAGACGUUUUUCAGAAAAAGCGUGCUCAAGGAAAAGAAAAGAACUGGAAAAUUACAAGAAGCCAGCAAAUAAACGAUACUAAGACUUCUCAAGCACUUUUCUCUCAGCCUUCACAGCCGCUAAAGAAGCGAAAACUUCCCGAGUCCUUCUGGACCGAGCCGUCACCCAAAGCUUCGCGUAAACCUCUGCAAGCAACUCGGAACUCUAAAACAAAUUUGGCGACAAAUGAAUUGCAACGUUCAGAGCUUGAAAUCUUGGACUGGCUUCGUCCUGAACUAGACGACUUUAUCGAACGGUGGUCAGAGGAAAGCGAAUGCGCGUCGAAUAACUCGAGUCGACCGGACAGCUUAUCGGAUAGUCCAUCCACCAUCGAUCCUCAUUCGCCAUAUUCCGACGAAUCAGAAAAUGUCGGAUUAAUGGACGAAUUUUUUGAGCAACGAGUGCCGUUUUCGUUUGAUUCUUCAACGAAAAAUGGCGAGUGUACAAGCAACAUCCCGUCGACAAGAAACUAUGCGAACGCUAACAUCAAUUUUGUGAAUAACCGAACUUACAAUGUACCGCAAGAUUAUGUUCAAAGGCCACUGAACCAUUCCGUUUCCUGUUAUGGUGGACAGUACGGUUUUUCUGCGAAUGAAUGGAGCGCAAAUCCAGUUCAACCGAACUAUUUCGAAACUGGAUACAAUGUUUUAUCGUGAAGGAAAUUGCAGUAAAACUAGAGAACCAAUCUAAGUCGCACGAAGCAACCGAGGGAAGCAAUUUAAUUUCAAUAAAACGUAGAGAAUUUCUCCGGUCCGGCGGCACUUAACAUAUAUUUUACUAAUUUGUAAAUUAUUUCGAAACACAACAGGCAAUAUCAAAGUUGCCAAAAAGUUUGAAACGUAGCCUUUUGGUUGUCAAAUUCUGACUGUUUGCUUCACAGAAAGCUUGUCAACUGUCAAAUCAUUGACGCCUUAAAACUUCUGUAUUUACGAAUUACAUUUAAAACAGUCUAACCUAGAUUUUUUUUAAAAUGUGAAACCUUUCACAUUUUUUUAAGAAGAGCUAUCAAAUGCUCCACUGACUUAAAGAGAUACUUUACUGUAAAUUUACAGCGGUGGCAGGGCUAGCUCAGACACUCGCCUUAAACGAACAUUUUGAAAGUUAUACACAUUAUCACUUGUUAUAUUUCAGUGCUUCUCCCAAAGGUACUUAUAAAACUGUUUUACUUUCAACAUAGAAAAAUAAACUUAAUAUUAU